AUGAUGCUGUCGCUUUCGGCUUAUAGGGACCUGAACGUGUUACGGUUUGUGGCGGACUCAGCAGCUCAGGAGAAUCUCACGCCUACACCAGUCGACCUGAAUAAGAUUCUCAUGUCGCUAGGGGAGACCUACGCCGAGGUCCUUUCCGACGCGGAAAGGAGUGUGUGUGAUCGUUUCGCAGCUGGGCGUAGGGUCUUAGAGCAAUACAUCAAUGACCCCGAACACGCUCUCCAUAUGACUGAGGAGGAUAAAGAGGAGUACGCUGUGGCCGAGCGGCAUGUUUCUCGGACGCUGGAGCAGAUGAUCCGGCUUAUGCUCAAGUUUCGCGCUCCCCACGUGCUAUGUAUAACAACUGUGUCUCUCCUGAACACCAUGUUUACGGAACAUGGUGUUUUUGCCGGAUGUAGUGGUCGAUUUGAGGUCCUCAUAGGUGACGACGCUUCCCAGAUCCCAAAGCCAGUGCUGGCGGCGUUCGCGAUCCUUUUUGCCUAA